AUGAUUAGUGCAUUCUUUAUAUACAAUCAGAAGGGAGAAGUACUAAUUUCGCGUUUAUAUCGUCAAGAUUUAAAGCGUUCUGUUGCAGACAUCUUUCGAAUUCAAGUAAUUUCUAAUACUGAUGUUCGUUCACCUAUCAUUACACUUGGAUCUACAUCAUUUUUUCAUGUUCAUCAUGAAAACCUUUACAUCGUGGCCGUUACUAAGUGUAAUGCUAAUGCAGCCUUAGUGUUUGAGUUUUGUUAUAGACUUGUUAUCAUUGGAAAGGCUUAUUUUGGGAAACUUGACGAAGAAGCUGUUAAGAACAAUUUUGUACUAAUAUACGAGUUAUUAGACGAGAUUCUCGAUUUUGGAUAUCCUCAAAAUAGUGAAACAGAAACGCUUAAAAUGUAUAUAACUACUGAAGGUGUCAAAUCACAACGCGCUGUGAAAGAAGAUUCUUCAAAGAUCACUAUCCAGGCAACUGGAGCUACUUCAUGGCGUAGAUCAGAUAUUAAAUAUAGAAAGAACGAAGCUUUUAUAGAUGUUAUUGAAUCAGUGAAUUUAUUAAUGAGCACCAUAUUAAGAUCGGACGUGUCUGGACAAAUUAUGAUGAGAGCAUAUCUUUCUGGUACCCCGGAAUGUAAAUUCGGACUUAACGAUAAAUUAUUGUUGGAAAAAGACGCAUCGCAUAGAGGAUCGUCUCAGAGAAGAACGAAUGCUGUUGAGAUUGAUGAUUGCCAAUUUCAUCAAUGUGUUAAAUUGGGAAAAUUCGAUUCUGAUCGUACAAUAAGUUUUGUUCCCCCAGAUGGUGAAUUUGAAUUAAUGAGAUAUCGUACUACGGAAAAUGUCAACCUUCCAUUCCGUGUUCACCCAGUAGUUAACGAAAUUGGUAAAUCACGCGUUGAAUAUCGAAUCACUGUGAAAGCGAAUUUCUCGCCAAAAUUAUAUGCUAAUAAUGUGGUGAUAAGGAUACCCACGCCACUUAAUACUGCCAAUAUCAAUACACGCGUAACAGCUGGUAAAGCGAAAUAUGUUCCAGCCGAAAAUUCUAUUGUUUGGAAGUUACCGCGAUUCCAAGGACAAUCCGAAGUAACAUUAUCUGGUGAAGCUGAACUUUCUUCUAUGACUGUAAAGAAAGCAUGGUCUCGACCUCCAAUAUCAAUGGAUUUUCAAGUUUUGAUGUUUACUUCUUCUGGAUUAUUAGUCAGAUUUUUGAAAGUCUUUGAAAAAAGCGAAUAUACAAGUGUUAAAUGGGUAAGAUAUAUGACUAAGGCCGGAAAUUAUCAGAUCAGGUAA